AUGUGCAUUAGGAUUGAAUCACGGUUUGAGUUUACGAAUUUUAUCUGCGAGUCCUUUGAUAAAAACUUUGGUGAAUUCGAAUAUUGCUACCUAAAGUCAAUAAACCGUACAUACAAAUAUAUUUCCGGAAAAUUUAAGCCAAAGAAUCUUCCUAUAACUAAACUUAGGGCGAAUGUGGCUCUGUGGAAACGAUUUAAUGGAUACAAGCCAUUUAUGUAUAAUAUUACAAUGGAUUUUUGCUUUUUCCUGAACAAUCAAAAUUCGAAUCCCGUACUAAAAUAUCUUUACGACUCAUUCUCUAACUACUCAAAUUUAAACCAUUGUCCUCUAAAACACGGUAUUAUAUUGGAUAAGCUUCCCAUCGACUAUGUAAAUUACCGAAUCACUGAUGUUCUUCCUUUUCCGGAUGGUAAUUAUCUUUUUAGGAUGUACUGGCUGGUUGGUAAAAAUCGAACUGCCUUAGCCGAAGUUUAUGGAACUCUUUCAUAA